AUGUGUGUAUUUCUCGGAAGCUCGUCGUCCACGGUGGGGGGCAGGUUGUCGCGGCUUAUCGGCAAGGCGUUGGUCGUCGCUUCUUCUUGUUACGCGGCGAAAUUUGGGCUAGGGAAAAAUGACACGCGGCUUAUCGGCAAGGCUAUGUUCGUCGCUUCUUCCUCUCACGCGGCGAAAAACGACCGCGACAUUGUUCUGAAACUGGUGGCUGCGGGUCCAAAAAUGGCAAAAAUCGAAAGUGAAAGGAUACUAGCUAUCGAAAGAUUUUUCAAUUUCACAAAGAUUUUUCAAUUUCACGAACCGUUGUCGUCGACGGUCGUAGCUAUCGGGGGGACGUCGUCGGCGGUCGAAUUGAAGGAGUGGCGGCUCUUCGGCUGGAGUGAAGGUUGCCUUCUCGUCGGUCGCGCAGAGAUAGGGCAAAAUGAAUUCGAGAGAUCCAUGGCAGCUUAUGCAGAUCUGCUUUCUCUUACAAACACCAUAAACAAAAUCCAGAAUCAUCCUCGCCCACCCAUCUCCCUCGACAAAACAAAAAUCGAACCUCUGAUAAAAAAAGUUGGUUUCUUGCAAGAAUUUCUUGAAAACUAUACCAUUGAAGAUGAUGCAGAUGAUUUGGAGGGGCGUAUGGUCGAUGUGGCUAACAAAGCAGAAGAUAUAAUUGAGUCCCACAUUGCAUAUCAUAUUUGGGAUGAAUAUGAAGACCCUUUGUAUCAAUACAUGCAGAAAAUGAUGUUGGAACCAGAGGAGGCAGAGGAGUCCCAAAUUGCCCAUCAUAUCCAGGAGGUUCGUGGUGAAGCUAAUGAAGACAACAAAGACUCUUGUUUAUAUGGAGAGCUACAGAAAGUGAUUCACGACUUGGAUUCCAUCACAAACGUGGUUGCUGCUAUUAAAGGCAAGGCUCGGAAAAAUAUUGCUCCCAAGGAUGACGCCACCAAAUAUGAUGUCAUGAACGACAACAUCCUGGAUAAGCUGACCAACAAUCCUUAUUCAGAAGGGUCGGGGGGUUCCAAUGAUGUCAUGGACAACGUCAGGGAUAAGCUGACCAAUCAACAAUCCGGUCGUUGGAUCAUUGCAAUUGCCGGCAUGGGAGGCAUCGGUAAGACCACUCUUGCUAAAAAUAUUUAUGAACAUCGUGUAAUUGUGGGACACUUUGAUAUGCGAGGAUGGACUACAAUUUCUCAAGAAUAUAAUUCCAAAAGAGUCCUGUUAGAAGUCCUUCACUGUGUAGGGUGUACAGGGAGUGAGGACAACGGAUAUGAAGAAUUAGGACAAAAAUUGUAUCAGAGCUUAUUCGGCAAGCGGUAUCUGAUUGUGAUGGAUGACAUUUGGGGUACGGACGCGUGGGAAGAGGUGAAGCGCUUCUUUCCGAAUGACAAAGAUAAUCGCGGAAGCAAGGUACUAAUAACAACUAGGUCAUCGGAAGUGGCUUUGAAACUGGAUGGCCAAGGCUACUUUAAAAUGCCUUUUUUGGAUAGGGAAGAAAGUUGGAAUCUACUGCGAAGGUGCGUGUUUGGGGAAGAACAAGGGUGCCCUCCUCCUCCUCUGGAACUGGAAGAGAUUGGAAAGGAGAUUGCCAAGAACUGCUGA